AAGAGAAUCGCCCUUAUUUCUGCUACAUUCAGCUGCACACGCACGAACAUCAUCUUCAUGGCUCCCAUCAAUAUUCCAUCCCAACAGCUUGAGCCGCAUCUCAACUUCCGCUGUUUUGUUGAUGCCUUGAAGCAUGACAAUGACUUGGUGGAAAUCAAUGACGAGAAAGAUCCCAACUUGGAAGUUGGAGCGAUUAUCCGAAAGGUUUGCGAGACCAACGAUAAAGCUCCGCUUUUCAACAAUUUGAAGGGGGCAAAGAACGGACUGUGGAGGAUCUUGGGUGCGCCAGCAUCUCUGCGAAGCAACCCCGAGCAAGUUUAUGGUCGAGUCGCGAGGCACCUGGGGCUCCCCCCCACAGCCACCAUGAAGGAGAUCCAAGAUCUCAUGGUUUCACCUGCGAAAAUGGAGCCCAUCGAACCACGAGUUGUAGAGUCCGGUCCUUGCAAGGAGAACAUUCUGUCGGAUGGCGAAUUCGACUUCACCACUCUGCCUAGCCCCAUGCUCCACCAAUCCGAUGGCGGACGUUACAUCCAAACAUACGGAAUGCAUGUUGUGCAGUCACCGGAUGGAAAGUGGACAAACUGGUCAAUUGCCCGAGCUAUGGUCGACGACAAGAAUCAUCUCGUUGGACUCGUAAUUGAGCCUCAGCACAUUUGGCAGAUACAUCAGAUGUGGAAAAAGAUUGGCAAGGAUGUACCAUGGGCCCUUUGCUUCGGCGUGCCACCCAUGGCCAUCAUGGCCUCAAGCAUGCCCAUCCCCGGUGGUGUUUCAGAAGGCGCCUAUGUAGGAGCUAUGGCAGGCAAGCCGAUUGAUGUUGUUAAAUGCGAGUCGAACAAUCUGUACGUUCCAGCCAAUGCGGAGAUUGUUCUGGAGGGCACACUAUCAAUCACCGAAACUGCACCAGAAGGGCCAUUUGGAGAAAUGCAUGGCUACGUAUUCAAGGGAGAUACGCACCCGUGGCCACGCUACAAGGUCAACAAAAUCACCCAUCGAAACGAUGCCAUCUUGCCCGUCUCGAAUUGCGGGCGCAUCACCGACGAGACACACACAUUGAUCGGUUCUCUUGCUGCCGCUCAAAUUGGCGAUAUAUGCCGUCAAGCAGGACUGCCUGUGGUCGAAGCGUUUGCACCGUUUGAAGUCCAAGUGACUUGGGUGGUGUUGAAGAUUGACACCCAGAAGCUCCGUCAAAUGAAGAUGACGCCAGCGGAGCUGCGCCAACGUUUCUCGGAUGCGAUCUUCAAAGUAAAGGCUGGCUACACGAUACACCGAUUGUUACUCGUUGGCCCCGACAUCGAUAUCUACAAUUUCAAGGAUGUUAUCUUUGCUUACAGUACGCGAUGCCGGCCUGGUACAGACGAGACCUUCGUCGAAGAUGUAAAGGGAUUUCCUCUCAUUCCGUACAUGUCUCAUGGCACAGCGUCUCCAAUCAUGGGCGGUAAAGUCGUCUCAGAUGCUCUGCUCCCCGUGGAAUACACGGGAGAAUCCAACUGGGAGCUGGCUGAUUUCGAACACUCUUACCCCAAAGCGCUCCAGGACAAGGUGAACGCGUCAUGGGAACAGAUGGGGUUUAGG